GUAGAUGCACGCCAUGUCUUUGACGUUGGGAAUCUGCAGGGAUUCCAGAUGAGACUCUUGGAUAUUGGAGGAGGAUUUUCUGGGACUGGAGACUUUAAGGGGAAAUUUGAGGAGUUUUCAGAGGUCAUUAAUGGAGCACUGGAUGAAUUCUUCCCGCCCGACAGUGGUGUGCGGAUCAUCGCAGAACCAGGACGAUUCUACGUGGAAUCAGCCUUCACUCUGGCGGUGAACGUCAUCGCCAAAAGAGUGCUCUUAGAGGAUAUAGAUAAACAAGGUGAAGUUGAGGAAACCAGUCCUGAGAGAAUGAUGAUGUACUACAUUAACGAUGGAGUUUAUGGGUCAGUGAGCUGCCUCAACUAUGACCCUGGUCACACCAACAUUGAACCAUAUCCUCACAGGGCUGUCGAGAGCAGCGAGCAGAAAUACCGCUCUGUCAUCUGGGGUCCAACUUGCAACAGCCUUGAUAAAGUAAUUGAAAACUACUGGAUGCCCGAGUGUCACGUGGGGGACUGGCUCCUUUUCGACAGCAUGGGCGCUUACUCUGUUAGCGUGGUCACUGACUUCAACGGCUUUGAGAGAGCUCACAUUUACACCAUUGUGACAGCUGAGACGUGGGACGCCUUAAACCUUCGUCACUUCUAUAACGUCCAUUAA